AUGGGUCGCGCACCAACCAGUGGCAACUGCCACACGUGUCGCAUGCGUCGCGUCAAGUGCGAUCGCGCACGACCAGCAUGCGAGCGAUGCAUUAAGGCUGGCUUCGAGUGCAAGGGAUACGAGACAGUUUUGCGGAUGCAAAGUCAUUCUUUUGUAGCCGACGCCCAGACUGGUACCGUCAAGUUCAGCACGAUCCAGACAGUAUCAUCAUUUCCAGAAGCCAGACCAGGCGAGGCUCCCUUGCAUUGCCCCAAGAGCAAGCGACAGCAGCAGCAGCAGCAACAACAACAACAACAACCGCUCGUCCGCGCCAACAAGGCCGCUGCACGCCGGCUGCAGUCUCCCUCACCCAAAAGCGCAUCAUCCGCUAGCCGCUCUCGUAGCAGUGGCAACGAUACCAGCUCCGAUGGAGGAUCCAACUCGGGCACAGCCAGGUCCAGUCCACCGCCGGAACUGUCUCUGGAGGGCUUUGUUGACGAGAUAACGUUUUCUUACUUUUUCCAUGCAUAUGGCUGGAUCAACAUGCAUAGCAUUAUGUUGCAGGACUCGAGAGUGCGAGAUACUCUCCUCGAGGGCAUGGGACAUGAUAGCCUACGGGCCUUGGCGUAUGGUGUCAUGGGCAAAGAUCAACACAUCGCUAGCCUGCAGUCGAAAGGGGCUCGUCUGUACGGAACCGCCCUCGGGAAACUACGCAAGAUGAUGUCUUCACAAAGCAAAGACGAGCUCGCGGCGUUGAUCAAGCCUAUCGCAAUCAUGGGGUCCUACUUGAUUACAGUGGAAAACGAUCUACGGUUCACACAUCACCGUGGACUGUCACGAAUCUUGGAGUACUGUGGACCGGAGUAUUUCCAGUCCGCCAGCUUGCUGCCUGUCUUUGAUUCUUGCCGCUUGACCAUGAUUUCCAAUUCCAUGGUCCGGCGCACUCCAACAUUUCUUUCACAGGAGAAAUGGAAGACUAUUCCAUGGGAGAAGGCACCGCACCUAAAGACCUGGUCAAGUAGACUACUUGAUAUCAUGGCUGACAUUCCCGAGCUCAUCUCCGGAGUCCUUGGUGUUAUGGGUGCUCGUAUAAUGUGGCAGAACAGCAAUUUUGCACCGGUGUAUGCGGAGGACCCUAACGAGGUGCCACGAUUGCAGGGCAAGGUCCAUGACCUGAAAGUCAAUUUGGCAAGCUGGCUCGAAAAUUGGACCGAUUCUCACCCUAUGGCGCACAAAGUUAUGGACUGGGCUUUUAACAGGGCAGCUCAUGACGAAUAUCGUCCUGGAUUUGAAGGAUAUUCCGGUCCCGAUGUUUACGACUAUUCGGUCUUGUUACCUCCAUCACCUCCUCCGUUCUUGGAGCCAACAGAGGAGACCUUCACCUUAAUGCAGGAAGUAUCACUGUAUACGACGGUGCUCAUCUGGACUGGCCGCCUAACAAAGUAUCUGGCUGGAGCGAGCAUCGGCCACGACAACAUCAACUUUUACAACACACCCUUUAGCACUACGUGUACCUGUUGCACGUCUCGGCUGAAGGACUUGUGCGACACUGUUCCCGACUCGCAUGCAGACGUCCUCCAGGUAACAGUCGCACCGGAUCCGGAGAUGCAGUGGAACUUUAACGCGGCAAGAAUCGCCAUCGCGCCCAUCAAGGUCUCGCAUAGCUACGAGCAGCCACAACCUGUGCCUGACUUCUGCUGGGCUGCGCACAAGUACGGACCAGACUCUCCCGAGGUAGAGAGGCUUAGGCAACAGAAGGAGCAAGAAGAGGAGAUGAAGAAAGCCCAGGACGCCCUGGCAAAGGAGGUCAAGUCUUUCAACCGUCCUCUGCCGGUGUUGUCAUCACCAAAGGGUGAGCUCAAGACGCCACCAUCGUCGAGCCCGGUCGAGUCGAAACACGACACCAUGUCCGGCAGCCCAGGCAUCACCACCAAUUUGCCCACACCGCCGCAGUCUGCCGUUUUUAACGACGACUCCUUCACUCCGCCACAGUCAGCGAAGCCGCCCAUGCUGCUGCCCGCCGACGUGCGCUUCUCAAGUCAGCUGCGCGUACUCAACUGGCUGACGGAUCACCUGCCUGCCAGCCGACCGCAUGUCCUCGCCACGCUGGCUUCGAUUGGCCUGGGACACUGUGGUCACGACGUGCGGCCCAUUGACGGCCUGCCCGAGGUGGGAAACGUCGUGAAGAGGGUCUUGCACUCGACUCAGUUUGAAGGUUCUGAGAACGUUUUACUCAAGAGAUACCGCUAA